CAAUAGUUGGGGGGAGAGGGUGAGGGGGUGUGGACCAGACUUUGCACCGUUGGGUCGACAACGAAGCAGCACAACGUUCUGAUGAAAUCCAACGAUGUGGCUGAGAGUCUUCUUCACCUUCGUCUUCAGCGUCUCCAGCUGCCAGCCGGCUUCAGUCUUUCUGGAUCCGGGUCGAGCCCAUGGCGUCCUGGUCCGGACUCGGCGGUACAACUCGGGCUGGCUGGAGGAGCUCCAGAUGGGGGAUCUGAAGAGGGAGUGUCUGGAGGAGAAGUGCUCCUACGAGGAGGCCCGGGAGGUGUUCGAACACACCGAGACCACGGACGAAUUCUGGAAAACGUACAACCUUCCAGACAGCUGUGAAUCGACUCCCUGUCUGAACGGCGGUAGCUGCUCUGCUCAGGGUUCAACCUACACCUGCUACUGCCUCCCUCAGUUCAGCGGACUCAACUGUGAGCAGGGAGCCGUCAACGCCACCUGCCAGCUGGAGAACGGAGGCUGUGACCAUUUCUGUGAUGAAGACGAGGGACGACAAAGACUGAUCUGCUCGUGUGCUGACGGCUACUUCCUGGACGUCGAUGGGCGGAGCUGCGUAGCGAAAGAGUCGAUAGCGUGCGGUAUGGUUCCGGUUCUGCACGGACAAAACAAAACGGAGCAGCUGGACUCUCGAGCUCGGAUCGUCGGGGGAACGGAGUGCCCCAAAGGUGAAUGCCCCUGGCAGGUCCUGCUGAUGUAUAAAGGUAAAGGUAUCUGUGGAGGAGUGAUCUAUAAACCUACGUGGAUCCUCACAGCCUCUCACUGCCUGGAGGACACCGACGCUCAGUUCCUGAAGGUGGUCGCAGGUGAACACAACACGGAGGUGAACGAGGGCACGGAGCAGUUCCUCCAGGUGUUGGAGAUCUUCAUGCACGAGAACUACGUGAAAAGCACCGCCAACAACGACAUCGCCCUGCUACGCCUGGCGGCGCCCAUCGUCUACACGCCGUACGCGAUCCCGGCGUGCCUGCCGACGCGGCCGCUGGCCGAGCGCGACCUCUGGGCCGUUGGCCUGCACACGGUGAGCGGAUGGGGGAGGCGGGGCGAAAACGGGCCCACCUCAAACAUCCUGCGGCGGCUGAAAGUCCCACGGAUCCGGACGCAGCAGUGCCUGGAGGAGAGCCACGUGGCACUGACGGAGAACAUGUUCUGCGCCGGAUACAUCGAGGGCCGGCAGGACUCGUGUAAAGGCGACAGCGGCGGCCCGCUGGUGACGGAGUACAAGAAGAAAGCGUUCCUGCUGGGGAUCGUCAGCUGGGGGAAGGGCUGUGCCCGACCGGGCAACUACGGCAUCUACACCCGAGUGUCCAACUACCUGGAGUGGAUCCACAACCGGACGGCGACGCCAAACCCACCGGCCAUCACCACCGAGGCUUCGACACACAACCUGACGACCUGAGAGUCCGUCCCGUAGUUUAUAUAUAUCUAUAUUAGGGCUGUCAACACUAACACGAUAAUAACGCAAAUCCAUUUUAACGCCACUAAUUUCUCUAACGAAUUAACGCAAAUAGUGAUUUUUAGGUUGUAGCGGCUCAGUUUUAUAGCCAGAGUGAAGAUACUGGUAUCAUAUGAAACUUUUAUUUUUGAUAUUUUAGGUUUUAUCGUCAUUUGAAGUGAGAACUUUUUGGGCAGUCCUUUAGGUCGGUUAGUUUUCUGACAAAUACAGUCGUGUGUCGUCUGCAGAGAAGUGGAAACAUACAUUUAAAUGAUGAAUUAAAAGACCCAACAGUCAUAAAUAAACAUGAAAUACAACAGGACCCAGACCAGAGCCCUGAGGAACUCCAUCACUCA